UGAUAAGUGCGCUGUGUCUCUUAUUGUAAACAAACCAACCAAGCGUACUGUAGUCAGUGUGUGUGUGAUUCGGUUGUCACUCAGCCUUGUACUGAUCGGACGUGAAAUGGAGUCGCAGCAGGAAGACACGAUAAAACCUAUGCUUGUGCGCCGACCUUCGGUUUCAACAUUUUCUGGUAGCGGCGACGGAACUGGCGGGCCAGGCGGCGAUUUGUCUGGCCCGGGGCGGAGGACAUCGCGCAUGCAGCGACGGCAAUCCUCCGUGAUGGCUCCGGGAAUGGGACCUCGCUUGUCAAUCGCUCCUGGUGGUUUUCGCUCUCAUGCCAUGGCGAUGGCGAUCAUACAGGGAAGACACGCUCAAAAAGAGAAGAAGUACAACACUUAUAGGACCCAACCGGACAACGACCAGAGAUUCAAACCGAAGCGUGUAGAGCAGGUGAUUAAGGAAGCGUUGCAGAACCACUGCGAAGACGAAAUGUACGAGCCAUCGACGGUUGGCAUGCUGACACGGACACUGUCAGAUAUCAUCAAAACAAAAGUGAAAGAAUUGAACUAUAGUCGACACAAAAUCAUUGUUCACGUCAUUCUAGGCUCGGUAAACCAACAGGGAGUGAACAUGGCAAGUCGGUGUCUAUGGAGUCCCGAUAAUGACAGCUACGCCUCGGCGGCCUACCAAAACUCAUCGUUAUUCGCCGUGGCAACGGUUUACGGGUGCUAUUUUGAGUAAUAAGUCGGAUUGACCCGGCGAAGAACCACUAACAGUUAUGUGACUAAUCUGUAUACGUUCUGAGGCUUGGUAUGUUCUUAUGAAUAACUAUCGUCAGCGAAUACUAAUCAUUGAGUACAGUUAUAUCGGACCAAUUCCAGGCACACUUUCAGGUCACGGUCCCCUAUAUCAACCAAAUCAAUCUUGUACGAUAUAAACAGUUAUUUAAUAUAAUAAUGUAGUAAUUAUUCACUCUAAAUAAGCUCAUUGGUAGUUUUUUUUUUGUAUUCAGAAGUUUAAAUUAAUUAUAAACAGA